AAAAAAACAAUUAUCUUUGUGUCUCUGGUUAUCAGUUACGCAUCAAGCUGCCUAACUAGAUGUUCAACCUGCCAACCACAGAGUGUCACUAAUGCAACUGAACACACCUAAAAACACCCACAUAUGAUCUGCAUACCACACAUUGUUGUGGCAUGGGACCAGUCUGCAUCCUUCUUUCACUCUCCUAUAAAAUGUCCCGUUGUCUCAGGCAGAGGCACUCCUCGGAGACUCUCCAGCUCUGUUCAUCACCUGCAGGCCAGCUCACCUCCACCUCUCACCAUGUCUCUCUCUCUUUCCCGCCAGAAUGGCGCCAGCUUCAGCUCCCGCAGCAUCCAAAGUCUGAGCAGUGGGGUGCCGAUGAAUGGCGCCAGCUUCAGCUCCCGCAGCAUCCAAAGUCUGAGCAGUGGGGUGCCGAUGAAUGGCGCCAGCUUCAGCUCCCGCAGCGUCCGAAGUCUGAGCAGUGGGGUGCCGAUGGUAGGAAGUGGUCACACCCUCACUUCCAGUGGCGGGACCAUCCAGAGCUACGCGCCCAGCAUGCACGGGGGCGCGGGAGGUUUCGGGACCAGGGUCUCCCGGUCCUUCUCCACUGGGUUGCUGACCCCGUUUAGCGAGUCUGCAGUCAUCAGCAAUGAGAAGGUGACCAUGCAGGACCUCAAUGACCGCCUGGCCUCCUACCUGGAGAAGGUGCGCUCCCUGGAGGCCGCCAACAGGAAGCUGGAGCUGCAGAUCAGAGAGUAUUAUGAGAAGAGAGGUCCUACUGCUUCCCAAGACUUCACUCACUACUACGCUAUCAUCGCUGAUCUCCGAGAUCAGAUCAAGAUGAAACAUUUAGAGAAUCGACGCAUCAUCCUGAAGGUUGACAAUGCUCAACUGGCUGCAGACGACUUUAAAAUAAAGUAUGAGACGGAGUUGAACAUGCAUACGAUGGUGCAAGCCGACGUGUUGCGUCUCCGAGGGGUCCGGGACAGCCUGACUAUUGCCAUCAGUGAUCUGGAAGUGCAGAUAGAAGGCUUGAAAGAGGAGCUUGUGUACAUCAAGAGAAACCAUGAGGAGGAGCUGCAGCAGCUGAGGAUCCAGCAGACUGGCACGGUUAAUGUAGAGGUGGACAGUGCAGAGUCUGUUGAUCUGACAUUGGUCCUGCAGGAGAUGAGGGAGCAGUAUGAAGCUCUGGUGCUGAGGAACAAGCAGGAGCUCGAGAAAUGGUUCCAAGCCAAGGUGGCUCUUCUUGAGACGAAAAUCAAGACAUGUUCAGUAGAGGUGACAACCUCCUACACAGAGCUGUCAGAGCUGAAGAGAACCUACCAGAGUUUGGAGAUCAGUCGACAAAGUGUCAUCACAGAGAUUCAGUGCCUGCAGCAAAGCGUGGACGAAACAAAAAGUCGAUUCAACCUCCAGCUCAGCCAGCUGCAGAGGACCAUCGACAUGCUGCAGGAAGAGCUGAAGCAGCUGAUUCUCUCUCUGGAGCAGCAGCAAACUGAGUAUGACAUGCUGCUGGACAUCAAGAUGAGGCUGGAAUUGGAGAUUGCUGAGUACCGGAGGCUGCUGGAUGGAGAGACGCGGGAGAAAGGACUAGCCGUGGUCAUCAGCAAGGUUGUGGAAGUGGAAGAGCAAAAACCCCACAUUGAGCGGAGGGUGAAGACCAUUGUGGAGGAGAUUGUUGAUGGGCAGGUGGUGUCCUCCACUGUUGAUACCCAGGUGGAAGACAUUCAGUGAUACCUAAAACUUACAGUUUAAUGAUGAUUUGGCACAUAAAUGUUGCAAUACUUGCUUAAUGAAUCAUUCCCCAGAGUCAGCUGUUCACUUCUAAUUUCAAGUUCGCUAUAUGAUAGUUUCUAAUGAAUUUAAAACUAUUUUCAAAAAGAACUUUUGUGUUUUAAGGAGGUUUAAAGAGCUUUUCUUUUGAUUUUAAUAUGGUAAAGGUUGCAGCAGGUGAUGCUUUUUCCUUGACGGAUGUUAAUUUUGGUAGGUGUCGGACAAAAACAGAAUUAAAAAGCCAGACAGCACAGAUAACAAUGUGUAUUCCUAAACCUAAAAUGUGUUUUACAACUCAGAAAGUUUGAUUAGAGUUUGUGCCUGCAUUAUCAUCUGCAAAUUUGUACAAUUUUUGGACAUGACACGAGUCGUAAAAAGGUCGCGAUUCAAGCCAUCUUCAGGUCAUGCAAAACUACUGUUAAAAACUUGAUACCUUUUUUGUUGUCUGAGGUCAAGGUCAGUGUCUCCUGUGUUUCCCCUGAGCAGAAACUCUGCUGUAAAAUCACAAUUCACCAAAAUAAAGCAAAAUCUGUCAUUGA